UAGACAUAAUGAAACCUCAUGAAUCAAUUAAACCACGACAACAAACAGAAUAUGCCGUUGGACAGUUAGUUUGGACAUUGAAGCAUCAACUUAACAAACGUCCCCAAUGGCAACAAGCAAUCAUUACGAAAAAUAUCAGUUCAAUGAUUUAUGAAAUUCAAUUACGUGAUGGACAACGUUAUAAGCGUCAUCAAAAUCAACUUCGUCCUCGUUAUUCUUCAAAUACUCAAUCAUCUGAAAUAGGCAGUCUACCUGAUGAUUUAUUAAACACUAAAUCGCAAUCAAAGACUACUACGUUUUCACAUUCAUCAUCACCGAGGUAUCGUCCUCGUCGAAAUCGAAAACCACCUGAUCGUUACACACCUUAG